CUGUAUUUAACAUUUUUGCCAUUUAAUUAACGAAUUCCUUUUUGUUAGAACUUUGAUCACUCGUACACUACUACCACAACGGAGGGAGUGAGUUCCGGUCGGAUUUACAAAGAUAUUCCUGAAGCAGUUCGACUCCUGAAACAGGGCGGUUAUGCUUUCCAUUGUGAAUUGACUGAGGCAUUUCAGGAGAUAGCUGACCAUUUUGAUACAAGAGAGAUUUGCGAAUUACGCACGGUAAGUAUGGCUCUAAAUCUUAUAUCUUUAUCAUUUUUUUAAAUUAUUUUUUCUUGUUUUAUUUCAUACUUUCGAUACAACUACGCAUGGUCGAAAUUACUAAGAUGGAAGGACUGUACAGUGAGCUUCGUUUGAUGAGCUUCGUAUUACCGAAGAAAAGCAUGUACACGGAGCAGUUCAAAUUAACUCUUACUAGAGCAACAGAGUUGGGAAUAAUAAGACGGCUGUUGAAAACGUACAACUACGAUAUGCCAUCGUGUCAGGAAGGAUCUUUAGUACAUCCAGUUGUUUUAAGAGGUGUCGUAAUGCCAUUCAUGGUACUUGCUGGAGGGUUUGCUAGUUCGUUUGUGAUACUCUUACUGGAAAAGAUCACACACUCAUAUGCAAAAAAGAAUAGACGUUUGUUAUAAAUUAGCAAGAAUUUGAUGUAAAGUAUGCACUUAGUUCAUUAUCACAUCACUACGAGCGGGAGAUUUUCCACCCAUGACACUAAACCACUUCAACUGAUGUGUAAUCGAGGCCCCAAAAACCAGUUGCUGUGUGUUAAAUCCGUUCCGCAUUUAAAACUAGUUCAAAGUCUGCAAUCGUAAAAACUAGGCCCAAUCACACACUAUCAUUGUACUCUCGAUCCGGCACGGUUCACUUUGUGCAUCGGGAAGCAGAUGACCAUCCAGACCUCGUCUGGAUCCACAUCAUCAUGGAUUGGCUGGAACGGGCCCAGGGUGCAUUAAACGGUGGUGGCAUCCGUCCGUUUGCUAAUUUCGUUGCUUUCCUCCUGACACGACACAUACACCAAAGGACAAUAAAAUCUGUCAGCUAACGGUUCUGGCGACCAGCUGGUAGCCGUCAUCACGCUCCCACCACACGUUACGUUUACAAACGAUCGACCGGACGCAACCCUCGCGAGUAACACUCGCGCAAAUAUCACGUUGGUUGUUAGCAAAUAUCACACGCGUUCGAGAGAAACACGUUACCAUGUCGUAAAAAAUAUAUAAAAUCGUUGCCGGCAUACAAGCUUGUACGAGACACAAAAUAUGUUUAAAAACGUUUAGAUGAUAUGUUAAAUGGUUACGCGCGCAGCACGUUAAUGGCGACUUUCACAGACUUUGCAAUAGAAAUGUUAAGUAAAUUAUUUGACUGGUCUGGUUGUUCAAUAAAGUGUGUGUGCAAUGAGCAAUGCAAGGGGAGCCCUGUCAAGCACGGUCAAUCAAAACACUUGCCAGCACUUCACCACCGCACCC